AUCUCGCCUCAUCACCUGUCGCCUGGGCCUGUCUCACUUAACCCACUGAAACAUACUGAAACUACUUGGAACUACCAAUUGGCAAGGGCGAGGAACAGCAUUCCGCUGCGUACGCGAGGCGCGCCACGUCUUUCGAUGUCGUCGGUCGAGUGUUUCCCGACGAUGGGAACCCCCAAACUCACGACCGUCGGUGUGAUCCAACCGUCGGUGCCACCCCCGGUCACAGCGCGCUGCCCUCCCUGCAGCCACUGGAGACGAACCCCCCCCACGUCGCACAAGUGCGCCGCGCAGCUUGGCUGUGCUCUCCACACGCCUUGCUGCCAUGACCAUCGAUCCGCAGAUCAUGGUGCAAUGCGUUGGGGCCGUGGUGGUCUACUUCGCCGCGCGGAUGUGCCACGCGGCCUUUGUGACGUCCAUCGAUGUUUGGUAUUCGUCGCCGGCCAAUCGACAUCUCUACUUCAAGGCCUUUAAAGAGAAGUAUCAAAAAACGGGGAAAGCGGACUAUUCUGCGCUCAUGAGGACGCACCCCGAGACCAUCUCCCAGACCUUUGGCGAUGAAGCGACCUCGGAGGGUCAAAUGGUGAAGGCGAUGGUGCUGCCCAGCACGAUCAUCAUGGCCAUCGGCGGCAUCAUGAUGCGCUGUGGAGGUGAAGAUAUGUGGGGCUUCAUCUUCCAUGCCGCCCGCGGCUUAAUGACGCCCUUCGGCCUGCUGAUGGUGCUCCAGACUCCCGUGGUCUCCGGUGCCGGGGAUGGCAACCGGGAGAUCCGCGAGGGGAGAGCCGUCUCCAAUGUGGAGCUACUGUAUCAGCUGAACUGGGUCAUCUUGCACUUCUUGGGCUUUGCCGCCUUCCUGGGGCCCGUGGUCUUGAUUGAGCUCCCCGUGGCCAUCAUCGAACUCGUCAACUCGGAGGGCUUUGUGGGCAGCUUCAACGAUGAUGGUUGGUUAAAGAAUGCGCGGAUGGUGUUGAUCAUCAUGCGGAUCUUGUGCGCGGUCUUGCUGGUGGUGGCUGCACCCUUCUUGGGGAAGAGUAAGACACGGAAUCCCAACACCUUGUCUGCCUUGAAGUGGAGAGCCGAGUUUGAUGUAGGCGAAUUUGGGGCCAGUCAGAUGUACUUCAAUGCCUUGAGUGUUUGGCUUCAGCCGGGUGUUGGGCCUUACAGCACUGUGAGCUUGGUGAUCUUGGCCCUUUUGGCCUUGGAAGCGUUUCGGAUCUUCUUCUGCCAUGCCGUUUACUGGUUGGUGGUCAUGUGCAUGUGGGAUUCCAUCGAUUGGUCCGCGCAGAUGAAGUUGAGUGUGCCAGCGAAUGGCCCAGUGAUGCAGGGAUUGAGAGAGGUCACCAAUGAUGAGUUGGUGUUCCUUCAUGCGGUCCAAGCAGGUGUCCCUGACUACACUGAAUCGAUCGCGAAGGUGCCGGGCUACAUUCCUGCCAGCAAGGUGGCCACCGGAUGCAAGUACCCACCGAUCAAGCUCUUGGUGCUGAAAGCGGAGAACUAUGAGAACUUCCGAGCCUUGGACAUUUGGGACCUGGCCAAGGAUGACGUGGAGAACUGGAAUCAGGACCUCGCACGCGUGCUGGGCUCCUUGAAGUCCUCCGACACCCUGUUUAUCCCCUGUGCGGGAUACAAGAUGGACCAGCAGGUGCCAAAGAUGUUAUUGUCUCUGAAUGACUAUGAAGGAGAUGUGGAGUACUUGGGCGUUACGCCCAAUGAGAUGACUGUGCCAGAGUCAGACACUGACAUCGCGUUGGACCUCACCUCGAAUUUUCUGGGUGAUCCCCGCUGUGCCUUCCUGACGCGGGGCUCCUUCAUUGAACCCUUGCGCGCUGGCGCCCUCACGGACUUCUACAAGGUGGUGGCGGAGAUCGGUCUCCAGAUCGAAAGCUCCGUGAAGGCGGUGGCAAAGGCGACGGACCUGGACUACGAGAGCGAGGAGGCCUCGGACGAGAGCGACGCCGAUGCGCCGCUGUUGACGCCCUAUGGGAGCAUGGCCUAUGAGAUUCAAAUCCGGGCGUUGCGUGGGCCCUCCCCUCGCAUGGUGCUUCGGAUGCCCAAGACCCAAGCGCUCCCUGCGGGCUGGCAGCACCUGCAGCGCGUGGAGCCCUUCCCGGCCUCUGCCAAGUGAGCGGAAUGGUCGAUGAAGACAGAAUGUUUUGGAGAUGGCCUAGGAGAUCCUAGAUUUGGAUCUUUGAUUCAUUAUGAUUCUAAGUUUGAAAAAAAAAGCGAUUUGUGGAAACUGAGAUGCUAAUUCUACGGAGGAGCACUGCUAAUGCCCAUUUUUGAGCCCAUGCAGCAUGGGACUAGGGCUACCAGCCAUGUAGUACCAGCUACGAGCGUUGGAAACCAUCGACGAUGCACCGGAUCAAAGUCAUCCCUUUGUGAUCGACUUUGCGUAGGACUAUUAAUUCAGAUUAAGUAAUUCAUGGAAGGUGAACAUGAGGCUUUGGUGUUCAAGACAAAGAAAUCGCUUGACCAAUGACAGCCGACAGCUUCAAC